UCAGUACGCUCGUCUCAGACGCAUAAGUCUAAGAUAAGUAGGCUAGGUAGGCUAACAGAUUGAAGUUAAUCUCAAAUUUUAAUAACUAAGUUAGUCCUGUUAGCAGAAGAAUGACCGACCGUAAAUCAGUGAUUUUAAAUCUGUUUGGUGAUAAACACCCAGGUUUGAAUAUAUAUUUGGAAUGCGUAUCUCGUGCUUACCUAUACGGCUUGGCAACUUCAACGUUGAGUUUUGCUUGUAGCUUCAGUGCUCAACGUUUACUCUCAACUUCUCUGCCAUAUUCAAGAAACGGGCAACUGCUGGUGUCAGCUCUGAUUGCUGCUGGCACAGCUUACAAAGUAUCCACUACCCGAACUCUAGCCUGCCAAGAAAUGUGGAUGAAAAAUGAAGAAAACCAUAGAAGCCAGUUAACUCUUUCCUCUGCAUCAGACAGUAGUUCUAUUUCAUGAUCUAUAGCUUUUGUAU